AUGCCUCCUCGCCUCGGCACCGCGCCACCCGAGCCUCUGGGGGCCGGCGGCCAAGAGGAAAUGGCGCGGGACUCGGGGGAGCCAGAGGGGGCGCGAGGCCCGUACGCGGGGAAGGCGGAGGCCCCGCCUCCCGGGCGGGGAGGAGUCGGCCCGAGGCUCCGGGCCGGGCCGUACCCUCGGGGCUGCCGGGCCCAGCCCCAGGGGCUCCCGCCGCACCGACCCGCCUCUCCGGAGCCUUCCCGACCGUUACGGCCUCCAGGACUGGCGCGCUUGCUUACCUGGAGGCCUGGAACCUCCAAACUAUUGGAGGCCAAUGAGCUACGUUCUGCCGCUCUGGGCGCCUGGAGGCAGGCUGUCCUUGCUGCUGACUGGGUCCUCACACAACCAUGAAAAAAUGUAGAGGAGACAACCUCCUCUUCCAUCCCUUGAAUAGCAAAAGAUACUGAACGUGACGGGAAGGAAACUACCAAGAUGUGCAACUUUACCUGUGCCACAAACCUGAACAUAAUUCAGUCUCCACUGAUGGACCUGGAUGGUUACAACUAUGUGAUCAAAAUGUCAGGGGUGCUGCUGGCUUUCUGG